AUGGCGAAUAAGAAGAAUGAGGGGCAGCGUUUAGGCAUUACAGAUCCCAUCUCUUUGACUGGACCAACUUACUUCGAUCUCUGCAAAACCAAACAACUUCAAAACUAUUUGGAAAAUGCUCAAUUGUACGAGACUCCUGAUGAGGCUCUCGCCAGGGAGGAGGUGCUCGCCAGACUAGACCAGAUUGUGAAAGUAUGGGUUAAAAGUAUUAGUCGAGCUAAGGGUUUGAAUGAACAACUGGUGCGUGAAGCCAAUGCAAAGAUUUUCACUUUCGGCUCUUAUAGAUUGGGGGUGCAUGGGCCAGGUGCAGAUAUAGACACUCUCUGCGUUGGACCUAGAUAUGCAACAAGAGAAGAAGAUUUCUUUGGUGAACUAGGUAGAAUGUUGGCAGCCAUGCCUGAAGUUACAGAGUUGCAUCCAGUGCCUGAUGCUCACGUUCCAGUUAUGAAGUUCAAGUUUAGUGGGGUUUCAAUAGAUUUACUUUAUGCUAAACUGUCACUCUGGAUUAUUCCUGAAGAACUAGAUUUAUCACACAACUCAAUACUGGAGAAUGCAGACGAGCAGACAGUUCGUAGUCUGAAUGGUUGUAGGGUCACUGACCAGAUUCUACGAUUAGUUCCAAAUAUUCAGAAUUUUCGCACGACUCUAAGAUGCAUGAGAUUAUGGGCAAAGUGUCGUGGUGUUUAUUCUAAUGUUACAGGAUUUCUUGGUGGGAUAAACUGGGCUUUGCUUGUGGCUCGAAUAUGCCAAUUAUAUCCUAAUGCAUUGCCCAGCAUGUUAGUAUCCCGAUUCUUUCGGGUGUAUACUCAAUGGCGAUGGCCCAACCCAGUUAUGCUCUGCAACAUUGAAGAAGGAUCUUUGGGGCUUCAAGUUUGGGAUCCAAGAAGAUAUCACAGAGAUAGAUAUCAUUUAAUGCCGAUAAUAACUCCGGCUUAUCCUGCAAUGAAUUCCAGCUAUAACGUCUCGUCAAGCACUUUGCAAAUUAUUUCGGACGAAUUUCAGAGGGGAAAUGAUAUCUGUGUGGCUAUGGAGUCGAACAAGGAAGACUUGGAAUGGGAUACCCUGUUUGAGAGAUUUUCCUUCUUCAAAGCAUAUAAUAAUUAUCUACAAAUAGACAUCAAUGCUGAAAAUGGUGAUGAUUUGAGACAAUGGAAAGGUUGGGUUGAAUCUCGUAUACGUCAGCUAACAUUGAAGAUUGAGAAGCACACUUUGAACAUGCUCCAAUGUCACCCCCAUCCUGGUGAUUUUUCAGACAAAUCCAAACCUUUUCAUUGUAGCUACUUUAUGGGUUUGAAAAGAAAACAACAAGGACCUGGUUUGCCAAAUCAAGAUGGAACCUUUGAUAUUAGGGCAACUAUUGCAGAGUUUAAAGGGAUAGUACUGAACAACUAUACUUGUUGGAAGUCUGGAAUGGAGAUUCGUGUACACCAUGUUAAAAGGAAAAACUUACCUAGUUUUGUGCUCCCUACUAUCACCACUUCUAAGGUCACUAAGCGCCUGGCUCGCUUACCCUCAAAGCCGGGUAUGGAUACAAGGUGCGCUUUGGAAGUAAAGGCGUAUGGACAUGCACAACAAGCACCAGUUAAUAAGACAGAUGAAAGUAAUAAAGGUGGUAAAAGAAGGCAUCUUGAGGAUAAUGUUGUUGAAAACAACAUGAGAAAUGUGAAGUCUAGGCACUCAAGCUCUAAUUCCAUUAUUAGUGAUAGUUCUUCAUCCAUAAAGAUGGACAGCUUAGCAAACACUAGAUAUCAGAAUGGUGAGAGUGAAGUAUCAUCAUCAUCAUCAUCAUCAAGCAGUUCGCCAACUGAAAAAACUUCACCACCACCACCUCCACAGCAAGCUGUGUUAGAAGAGCUUGAAGAUGAUUUGGAAUUGGAACAUACAAGUAAAGUGAAAUGCGAGAUGAAAGGCUUAAAGCCUGCUGAACUUAUGGCACCACCAAUUUUAAACAAGUGCUUUGCUUCUGUACCACGUGAGAAGCCAACCAUAAGAUUGAUCUUCACUUCUUUGUAGGCAAAAUCUAGUAAUGUAUAAUAAGAAAAAGUCAUGUACCAUCUUUUUCUUAUUACCAAGCUUUUUCAUUAUGCCUGUGUAUGUCAUGCAAGUUGAAAUCUGUCAAUGAUGAGAG